AGCUCGGCCGGCGCCUCCGGGACGGGCCCCGCGCGCGCUCCGAGCGGUGGCCACGGCGGCGAGCGGGAGCCCUUGUCGGCAGGGCCGGGGACGGCGGCGGCGGCGGCGGGGGGCGCGCGCCAUGGCCGGGGACAGCGAACUGAGCCUGCAGAGCCACCAGCAGCCCAGCGGCGGCGGGGAGCCCUUCCUCAUCGGCGUCAGCGGGGGCACGGCCAGCGGCAAGUCCUCCGUGUGUGCCAAGAUCGUGCAGCUCCUGGGCCAGAAUGAGGUGGACUACCACCAGAAGCAGGUGGUCAUCCUGAGCCAGGACAGCUUCUACCGCGUCCUCACCUCGGAACAGAAAGCCAAGGCCCUGAAGGGCCAGUUCAACUUUGAUCACCCGGAUGCCUUUGACAAUGAACUCAUCUUCAAGACCCUCAGAGAGAUCACCGAGGGCAAGACGGUACAGAUUCCUGUGUAUGACUUUGUCACACAUUCCCGGAAGGAGGAGUCGGUGACUGUGUACCCUGCAGAUGUGGUGCUCUUUGAGGGCAUCCUGGCCUUCUAUUCCCAGGAGGUGCGAGAUCUAUUCCAGAUGAAGCUUUUCGUGGACACUGACGCUGACACUAGGUUGUCCCGCAGAGUUCUGAGGGACAUUAGUGAACGUGGGCGGGACCUGGAGCAGAUCCUGUCGCAGUAUAUCACCUUCGUCAAGCCUGCCUUUGAGGAGUUCUGCUUGCCUACAAAGAAAUACGCCGACGUGAUUAUUCCCAGAGGUGUCGACAACCUCGUGGCCAUCAAUCUCAUCGUGCAGCACAUUCAGGACAUUCUCAAUGGGGGCGUCUCCAAGCGGCAAAGUAACGGAUGCCUCAACGGCUACGCACCCGCCCGGAAGCGGCAGGCGUCGGAGUCCAGCAGCCGCCCACACUGACUGCCGCCAUCGCCCACCUGUACAUAUUGACUCCUGGCCUGGCCACCUGGUUGUAUUUGUCACAGUCACCACUGCGGCAUCUCACACCAGAUACCCUGCCCCAUGUCCCCUACUUUGGAACGGCCAAACGAAACAACCUGCCCCUCACCCCCCACCCCAAAGCUUAAACCAGAAACUGUGCCAACUCCUCCCGGGGGUCCACACUCCUUCAGAAAUAACAUGGAACGAAAGGCUCUA